AAUGAAAAGAAAAAAGAUGCCUCCCUACGUUUUCUUGUGAUAUUACUAAUGUUAUCUAUAUCGACGUAUUUAUCAAUCAAUUUGGGCACCAUAGAUACCUUGGGCACUUUGUUGUUUUACAUUUCUAUAGUGAUCUGUGUUUUACAGUAUUACGAUCUGUGGCCUUUAUUUGACGUCUGUGUGUUCCAUAAAAUAAAUACAAGUUGUCAAAAAAAUAUCACGCAUUUGUAGACAUUUGCAGACGGUAUCACAAUAAAAUAUAAUCAUAGAAUUUUUCGGAUUUAAUUGGAUAUCGAUUAUUAGGAACGGUGGUUAGUUGUGUAAAUGUUAACAUAUAAAACACUUGAAACUUUCAAUCAUACAGUUUGCCUUUGCAAUUGAUGGCCCUCAUGUUAAGGUAAAUAAAGUUGUCCAUCAUGGACUCAUUGCCAACCAGAGCACAGGGUGCUAGUCCAGGAGUCAACAGUGUCAAGAGCGAUGACAGCAGUCCACGCCAUGACCCCAACCGGGGCUCGCCUCCGCCAAACUGUGCAAUAUGCCUCGGCACUUGCAGAAACAAAUCCUUCACAGACUCCUGCCUUCACCAGUUCUGUUUUAAAUGUCUAUUAACUUGGAGCAAGGUCAAAGCAGAGUGUCCUCUAUGCAAACAGAAUUUUAGGUCAAUUAUUCACAAUGUCCAGUCAAACCAUCAGUAUGAAGAGUAUAUGGUGGAGCAGCGGCAUACAGAGGAACUGGCGGAGCGGAUCGAUAUUGACCUCACCGCAGCUAGAAGAUUUAGAUACAGGACUACGCUGACGCUGCCGCGGCAGGACACCAUCGCCAUCCAGCAGCUGCUGCUGCACCACUACCCCAUGGUGGCGGAGCUGUUCCCGGCGCCGCCGCCGCGCCGCCGCUCGCCCGCCUCCUUCCGCCGCACCGUGUACCGCUACAACCUGUGGGCGCGCCCGCUGCCCGACUUCACGCGCCGCUUCCGGGACUGCUCGCCAGACUUCUAUAGGAACAACACAUCACAAAUGCACCGGCUGGUUCCCUGGCUGAACCGAGAACUUCACUACUUGCUGAACGAGAACGUCGGCCACAUCGCCUACGUCGUGGCGCGGAUACUGGAGCUGUUGCCGCAGUACGGCAUCAACUCCGCCGAGUUCAGGGAAGCCCUGCGCCGGUACUUCGGCGACAACACCGACCACUUCCUGCACGAGCUGUACUGCUUCGCGUCCACGCCCUACGACAUGAACGGCUACGACCGCAACGUGCAGUACACCACCGACAACACCAUCUCCACUAUGGUCAACGAGGUCCUCUCCAGCUCCGAGUCCGAGGCCUCCGUGGACUCCGACAUCGUGAUGAUCUCGAGCUCCUCCCCCGCCGACCCGCCGCCCGGCCCCUCGCGCGCGCCCGCGCCCGUCUACCCGCAGAGCUACAUCACCCAGCCGCCCGCCGACAGCGUCAUACCCAUAGAGACGAUAUCGCAGUCCGACACGGACGACGACUCGUCCGAGGUGAUGGUGGUCGGCUACAUAAAGCCGCCGCAGGACCGCACGCCGGAGGUGGUGGACCUGCUGGGCUCGGACAGCGACGUGAUGCUGCAGGACAUCGCGCUGCCGGACGAUGCGCCCGACGCGGACGAGCGCCCCGCGCCGCUCGUGAAACUGACGCUGACGAGACGAGACGCGCCCGACUCGGACAGCGAGAGCGCCUACACGCCGAGCUCGUCCCCGCCGCGGACGAGCGCGCCGCGCCGCAAGCGACGCUACCAGUCGGACGGCAGCUCCGCCGACUCGCGCUACUCGCCGCCCGCCUCCCUCUCCCCCGCGUCCUCCUCCUCCUCCUCGCACUCGUGCUUCAGCUCGGACAGCUCGGACGGCUCGUCCGCGCGGAGCUCCCGCACCGCGGUGAGGCGGCGCAAAUUGGACAGACGAAGUAAAAGUAACACAAAGAAGCGUCGCACCCAUCGCAAACAUAAAAAGGACUCGAGUUCGUUGUCCGGCAGAGAGAAGUGCAAACGCAAAUCUCAUAGUGGAAAAGGUGUGAAGUCGUCGAAGAGACCGGCGGUGGAGGCCGAGCGGGCGCCGGAGCAGCCCGGGACGAGUGGCCGGAGCGCCCCGGAGCGGAGCCGUCGGUGGAGCCGCGACAGCAAGAGACUAAAGAGCGUGGUCAACGUUAUAAAUAGCCAAGCGAACUCGGAGACGUCGUCAGUCAGCGAGCAGCGGCCGCUCGACUCGGACUCGGACGACGACCUGCCGCUCAACCUCAGCGUUAAGAGAGAUACGCGCAAGUAGAUAGGCACGAGAAUGAAAUGGAACAUUGUGAUAAUUUUAUAUAUUAUUAUUAUUUAAUACAUUAAUUAAUUUUAUUAAAAGUGGAGCCGGAUCUCAGAGCUGAUUUAAAAUUUACUUUCAAUCUAACGGAAGUAUUUCUUUCUAAGAACGAUCUUAUUAUUAUAAUAUAUUAUUGGUAUGCAUUUUUUUAUUAGCAGUAAUUUCUAGCUGAUAAUAAUUGUGUAAUUAAACCCUCGGUAUGUCACCUGUAUGUAUGGAAUAUUUAAAUACAAAUCUAGACGACUAAUUUACACUGUGAAUGAAUUUCAAAUAUAUGGUCUAUGUUUACAAUGCCAGUUUGUACAUAUUAGUUUUUAAGAUGUCCGAAAUUAUUAACUUACCAACAACUAUCAUAUUAUUGUUUUUUUUUUCAUUAAUUCUAAAUCAAUUCAUAUUCUCUAAUUAUCUCAACAAUACUAUUUAAUCGAAAUUUGUACAUACGUUAUUUACUGAAAUCAGAAAUGAAUUAACCUUUAUUAUAUGUGAUUAGAUACAGUUGGAAGGUCUUCUAUUAACAGCAACAAUGAAUUCGUGUCUUUAAAUUCAAAAUCAAUUACUGUUCUGUGAUCACUUGAAAUCAUUGAAAUGUGUAGAUACUUUUAUUUAUUUAAAUCGUGUUUCUUUUCAAUCAUCAUCAACAUUAACGACCCAUAUUCGGCUCACUGCUGAGCACGAGUCUCCUCUCAGAUUAAGAGAGGCUUAGGCCAAUAGUAAACCACACUGGCCCAUUGAUUUUACGGAUCUCCAGACUUCACAUAUGUAGAGAGUUUAGAAAAUUCUCAUUUCCUCACGUGUUUUUACUUUAACGCAUAAGACACUUAUGUAAACUAAAUAGGAAAACUUUUUGUUUGUUUGUAGUCUCAGAAACUACUAGAUCAAUUUAAAAAAAUCUUUCACCAAUGGACAACUACAUUAUCAGCGAAUUACCUACUAUGUAGGAACUACUCAGGUGAAGACGUGUGGGUCGAAUGUUAUUAUUGGAUACAGUCCAAAAUUUUUAUUUCAACAAUAAAAUAAUUAUUUUAUGGUGUUUUCACUCAAUGAAAUCAAAAUCAAAAAUUCUAUAAAUAUCUACUUCGGAAGUUAUUUUUCAAUUGCAAUUUUAUUUCAAAGAUCUUAUACUAUUAGAUAUGUUACUAACGCGUCGAAACUGAGGCAGACAAAAGUGGCUAAUUGUCUUGAUUUCAUUUAGUAGCUUUGUAAAGUUAUUUAAAUAAAUACCUAAAUAUUGUCUUCAAUGUCUAGUUGUGUGUUCGGGAAGUGUAAAAACUAUUUAUACCCAAUUAUAUAUUAUAUAAUGUAAGUAAACACAAAAUUGUGCAUGUCUGUCUCAGUGGAGUAGCUAAAUUCGGAUCACUUUUUGCCGUGAUUUUGUAGGCACGUAUCAUAUCUAUAGUAUAAAAUAAUCUUUGCUUUAUUUACUUGAAUCAAGAAUGAAUUGACUUGUAUUAUAUAAAUUGGAUACAAUAAGUUGGUGUACAAAUACAUAUAUCGAAAAUAUUAAUAUUUUGAUAAUAAGGUACUAUUAGAUUUCGUUUUAAAAUACGGGUAUUUCAAUUCUCAAUUGAAUAUUCCAUUGAUGUUUUGGUGUUGUGUAACAAUUACAUCUAAAUGUUACAAGUAAACUUGAGAUACUUAAUUUAUGUCGCUUACGAUGUUACAAAAUGAUUUACUGACUCUGCUGAGCACGUCUGAAUGUGGUAGAUAUUUAUAAAUGUUAGAUAUAUAACACUAAUGUACAGAACGAUGUCGGGUAAUUCGGGGGUGCUUAGCAAAGUAUGCCUCAAUAAAAUUAAACUUAAUGAG